AUGAAAAAAUUCACAACAUUUAUCCUCUUGUUAACGUUUUUUUCUUCAAUUUCCAGCGUCAAAAAAAUCUGGAAAGGCUCAACUUCCUUCGAAAAUGCGAAAAGUUGGAAAAAUCAAAUUCCGCCAUCGAAAAAUUGCUCAAAUCAAGUCAUAAAAUUUCCCGUUGACUUGUAUGCUCCUGUAAUUGUGGGCGACAACAUCGAUGCAAGUGAAUUAAUUUUGUCGGAAAAUGGAGGACUUUUACUCUCGUCGGAUGUUUCAAUAACUUUAACGAACAAAGUAACUCAAAACGAUCAAAAAUGUGACAAAGAAGUCGUUUUUGCACCGCCUCGUCCUGCAAAAUGGUUCUCCGCGGGCAAUUGGGAAGCAGUUUUCGACGAAAAAGAUCAAAAGUACAACAAAGCGACGCCAGAUACGCAUAAAAUUCCGUGCGAAGAUGACUUUGUUGUGUUUCCGAAUGACUCGACGAUACUUGUUGACCUCAAUUUCGCGCCAUAUUUGAAUUUUCACGCGAUAAAUCUCAAUGGAAAAACAUACAAAGAGGAUUUUAAGGAAUUUUUGAACUCUGAAUUGGGUUCCUUGAUGUUUGUGAACUCCUUGGCGACAACUGUGAACGUCGGGAAAUGCAGCGAUGGCCACAAUUGCGUUUGCGAACAUCAAAAUUAUCUCUGCGAUGACGUUAAUUGCGACGAAAAAGGGGCGUUUUGUGUGGAUCCCAUUCAACCAAAAGGUUUUUGUUGCAAAUUAUGCGGAAGUUUUAUCGAAUUUGAGGUUUCGCCGCAUUUUAAUGUCUCAACUUUCCUCAGAUCUGUUGAUAAAACUUUGAGUUUUAGUUCGUUAGACAAAAAAUCUGUCGAAUAUUUUGCCGCUUUUAGUUCCAAGAACUCACUUCAGUUAGUUGUUGUCGAUAAAGAAGCCGGAAAUGAGAUGCAUGGACCAAUAGCGAGUUAUUUAAAGCAAAAUUUGAUCGAUAAAAUGUUCAAAACUCAAUUUUUGUUCCAACAAUCGGGAAUGUCGUACGUUCCAGGGACAAAUAACGUGUUUUCCUUCAUUUUUGUCACUUUUCUCGUCGUUGCCGCCUUUUUGGGAGCCUUUUAUGUCUAUCAUUACGAGGAUAGGUCCAUAUCGAAUCUCUUGGCGAUGUUGAGAAAUCGUCAAUUACCAACAGGAUCUCAAUUUAUUUUUGCGCGGUUCGAUAAUCAGCGAACUGAUGAGACUGUGGACAUUGACGUCGUUCAAAUUGUCGAAGAUGAAGACGAUGAAAAGGAAGAUGAAGUCAAACCAUCGUCUUUUAAUAAUCCGCUGUAUGAUGACAAAUCAAAAUUUGCGGUAGAAGACAAUUCGGAGACUUCGGUUUCGAAUGAAGAGACAGAAAUGAAAGAAACUACAGCGGCGGAGCUUGAGGAAGUUGACUUGUUGGGUCCGAAUGAAGAAUAAAACCAAAUAAAAAUCAAAUUUUAACGGAUUUUGAACUUUUCAUUGUAAAAAUUAUUUAUUUGAGAUACGAAACAAGCAAAAAGUAAAAAAAAAAUUCAGAAAAUUUUGGAUUUUUGGGAAAAAAAAUUAUGAGAGCUCGAAGUGAGCUUUCAAAAGUAUCAAAA